AUGGCGACUACAAUCACAACGGAGGUCCGUUCUCUCGAGCACGAAGCUCAAACCGUCUUGCCCGAUCUGCAGCAACAGCAACAGAACAAUCAAUCUCAAUCACCAACCACGGCAGCCUCGGCACGAACAAUUGAACCUCUCAACAUCGAAUCCACCCCCGACACAGAAGCCAACUACCAGACUGGCACCACACUUUGGUUCACCAUCAUCGCGCAAUGCGUGAUCCUUAUCCUCGGAGGCCUAGAUGCCAAUAUCGUCGCGACGGCCGUGCCGAGCAUCACUAACCACUUCCAUACCGUCGCCGACGUCGGCUGGUACUCAUCUGCAUUUCGACUUUGCACCUGCGCGUUCCAAUUCGGGUUCGCGAAGCUGUAUACGCUCUUCUCCAUCAAGGCCGUCUAUAUGAUGAGCAAUGUUAUCUUCCUCGUCGGCUCUUUACUCUGUGCCACGGCUGCUUCGUCGACCAUGUUCAUUGUAGGGAGAGCAGUAACCGGUCUGGGGUUCGCGGGUGAGAUGGCUGGGUGUUUUGCGGUCCUGGUGCAUAUUCUGCCGCUCAACAGGCGGCCAGUGUUUGCAGGUUUGUUGGCGUGUGUGGAAUCGCUUGCGAUCAUUGCGGCGCCUAUCGUCGGUGGUGCAUUGACCCAGUCUUUGGGGUGGAGAUGGUGUUUCUGGUAUGCUCUCCUCGUCACUGGCGUGCUCGAGUAUCAGUGGUCAGAUGGUAGAGUCAUUGGAUUGUUCGUUGUGUUCGCCGUGCUACUCGCCGCCUUCAUCUUCAAUCAAUACCGACGCGGAGACUCAGCAGCACUCCCUUUCCGCAUCAUCAAAAGCCGAAGUGUCAUCGCGGGGUUCAUCUUCACGACCGAGAGCGGCUACUUGAUGAUCCCCAUCCUCGUUGGAAUGAUGCUCGGGCUCUUUCUUCAGGGCAUCGGUACCACCACGUUCGGCUACUACGCCCCCUUCAUGAUAUUCGCCUCUAUAUGCAUGCCAAUUGCAGCGGGCUUGAUGACAACCUACAAUAUCCACACAUCCCUCGCCCAGAUCAUCCUCUAUUCCGGAUUCGCAGGCUUCAGUGGAGGCAUCGGCUUCCAAGGCUCCCAAGCGGCUGUUCAGACGACGUUGAGUGCCGCAGAUGUCAACCUUGGGAUCGGGGUCAUCUUGUUCGGGCAGAGUCUGGGGCCGGCGGUGUCUAUCGCUAUUGCGCAGGUUAUAUUCACGACUCAGUUGUCUUCAAGUCUGGGAGAUAUUGUCCCAGGGUUGACCCCUACGUAUAUUACAGAGCACGGCCUUGGUGAUAUUAAGAACGGGGUUCCCAUCCAGCGGUGGGGUGCAGUUUUGGGUGGUAUCGAGCGGAGCUUAACUCAUACCUGGUACCUUGCUGUCGCGUUGGCUUGCACGACGAUUGUGGGAAGUCUCUUGGUCGAAUGGCGCUCGGUUAAGCAGAAGCAGUCGUGA